GAGAUCAAGUGUUCAGAUUGAAUCACAUAGUUCAGUUACCAAAAAUCAUUCGUAUUUCCUUCGAUUUUAUAAGAUUUAAAUUGAAAGUAAGAAAUUUAUUGCGCAGAAAUGAGCCACGAUAAUAGUUUGGGUGAGUUCUUCACGAAGCUCAACCUGGCCAAGUGGUACACUGGCAUCUCCGACUAUCAGCUGAAGGCCAUUGCCGGUAUAACCGCCGGACUGCUGGAUGACUUUGAGCAGGGGACCAGCUUCCGGAUGGAGGAGCGACUGAAAAUGCUCGGCGUGCAUCCGCUGGUCGGCAGGCGAAAGAUCCACACCAUGGUGCAGCUCAGUCGGGGCAACGAUCUGGCCUUCCUCUUCUUCAUGCUCGAGGGAUACUACAAGACAUGCAACAAGGACGGCAACUACACCACCAACGAGAAGCUCCUCAUGAUCGCCAUAGCCAAGAUUGAUCUGUUGCCCACGCUGAAUGAGCUGGACCGGAUCCUGCCACCGCCGCAGCUGAGUCGCUGGGAUGUGCCGCAUCAGCAGCGGCUGAACCCGGAUGAAGUGCCUUCAGCACAAAGUAAGCAGCCCAAGGUCUCCGCACCGGCAAAACCCACAAGGUCGAAGGCCAGCAAGAAAUCCCCCAGAGAUCCGUACAAGCAGCGGUUGCGGCGGCCUGUGGUGAAGCCCACGAGUUUCCUCUGUAAGGGAGAACGCAGACUUGUCGUCAGUUUUCCCUUUUGGGCGAAGGAGUGUCCGCCCAACUACGGAAAAUCACGCGAUCCCCCCUGGUUCUCCCUCUACAAACUCGAUCCAGUUAAGCGUAUCGUGAAGCGCACCCUGGAUGAGACUGUCGACAAGUACUUCGGGCUGAAGGAGCUGGCAGCCAAGGCGGACACCAACGGAGAGUCGAAGUUGGCCUACGAGAUGGCCAAGCAGCAGCCGAUGUUCAACGAGGAGCCGAACCUCUGCACCCACCACCAGGAGAUGAUUGCCCAGGCGCAGCAUCUCAAGGAUGAGCUUACGGUGAAGGCGCGCGACCGUUGCCUGGAGAUGCUGGACCCCAGCCAGCCCCACAGCAGGGUGCGGAGGAAGCGCAUCAUCGACCAGCUCGAGUACGAAAUCGAAGCGUCCUUGGAACGACUGCGCCAGGCCAUGCACACCGAUCAGGUGAAGGUGAUGAAACUCAGGGACCACAGCUGUGUGGUCUGCCAGGAGGCGCUCGUGAAGAUAACCUGGCCCGAUCCUGGCCAGAAGGUGGGCAGGGCUCUGGUGGGAGAGGGCUGCAACCUGGCGCACACAGCCACCACCACUGAGGGAUUCACCGGAAGGAGGUUGAGCGGCGGCGGACUCAACAGCGAACCUCAAGAGGUGCCGCAGGUGUCCGCCAGGCUGGUGGGCGGUGGCCUGCACAUGGACAAAAUCGACUUCAACAUUGAGCCGGAGCAAAAGUCCGCGAUCGAGGCGAACGAGUGCGAGGGGCAUCCGGAGACCCCCAAGUCCCGCAUCACCUUUCUCUUGGAUGAGAACAAGGUCAAGCCUAUAGAUUUGGCCCGGGCCAAGCCAGUGAACUGUGAUGGCUGCGAGUACAACAGCAGCGUCAAGUACACCAGGAAGAGCUUCUUCCGGGCACCAGACACCCACAUGCCGUACAAUUUUCGGUACCAUCGAGUGCUGCAGUCGGGCCAACCGAAGCCCUACGACCUGGCAAAAAUCGUCACAAAGUCGAUAGUGAAGGCGCUCGAAAAAUCGCAGAACGAUGAAAUAGUUGGCGAAACGUGCCCAUUGCUAGAACCCUACAAAAAGCAGCCGCCAGAGCUGGAACAAGAGCUGGAACUUGACCCUAAGACACAGAAAACGAAACGAGUGUCGAAAGAUUCCUCUUACCAUUCAUCCGACACAGAGGAAUCCCUGGACUCUUCGAGCGAUCACAGCAGCCGCAGUCAGGUGGAUCACAAGGCGGAUAUCGUGAACGCUGUGGUGCGCUGUGCCAAGGCCAUUUGGACUAAGAGGGCGGCCAUCAAGCGGGCCGAAAUGGAUCGCAACGAACGGGUGCCCUCCGAUCACUCCCUCAGGCCCGAGGUGCUGCACUACGACAUGGAACACUUUGAUCCGGAUGAUAAUGAGCUGAUGGAUCGCAUGCUGGCCGAUGGAAUGAAGGAGCUGCGGAAGCACCACCGCUUUGUGUUGGCCACCCUGCCGGAUGCCCACAAGAUUCCCAUACUUCGACAGUGGAUCAAACGGCGCUACGGCAAGGCCUACACGCAGCGGGAGCUGCAGGAAAAUCUCAAGGAAUCGUUGCAGGUCUUCGAGACGGUCACACACCUGCAGAACCACCCUCCCAAGCCGGACAGAAUGGGGCUGGCCCACACCCCGGAAUCGAAGCAGAACUAUGCAUACUACAAGCCGGCCAUGGCAGAGGCGGGACGGGUUAAGGCCGCCUACUACACGCGGCUGAACAAUGUGUACUUGAACCAGAUGACCGCCUGCUGGUAUGCCAUGGGGAACUACCUCUGUCCGGGCGGACCGCCGCGCACGACCUUCUACGCCUACAUGGCCUCCAAUCACCAGGACGUAUUGCGGGCCAAGUUGUGGAAUGGCGAGUACAGGGAUCACCGGCAAUUUAGCGAGAAGAAAAAAAACAAUUAAAUCUUUAUUCGCCCGCGGCUCGGGCUUCAUUUACAAUUAUUGUAUGUCGAUUUGUUAAAUGUGGAACGGGCGCGACGGCGGAAAUGAACACCCUU